UCUCUCUCUCUCUCUCUCUCUGGCUCUCUCUAUGACUCUCUCUCUCUCCUCCUUCCUUCUUCAGUAUCCGAUGCCAUGCCAUUUCUGAAGCUCGAAGACCCCAUCAGUUCACCGCGGCUUACCCUUCUCGGAAAUUAAUCCGGUGCGGUUCCUCUCUGACGGAGAUGCCGGUGGUGCCCUGCCAUGGACGGGGAGGCUAAGCUUCCUGUCCGAGCCGCCGCCGUUGCUGUGCGACCGAUUGGUGAGACGACGUCUUCUUCCACUUCCUCCACCCUGUCCUCUUCCUCUUCUCCCCCGGGCCUGAUCCGGCAUGUUCAGGCGGCCUUCAAGCGCCACCGCCCACUCGGAACAAUGCAGUCCAAUGAUGUAAGACCCCGGCGUAUGAUGGUUCCUUCCCGACGUCCCACUGUCGGUUCUUCAGCAGACUCCAUGGAGUCUCAAGAAGUAAUUCCACUAAAAGAAGCUCGUGCAGUAAAGGAGUCCAUUAUGCCCGGUCUGCAGUCAAAAGGCAUGGUCUCCCAUGUGAAAGGAACCCAAGAUGACCCAUCAAUUACAGCACCUUCCCUUUCCGCUACAAUUACCAAAUCAUUUGAUGGUGGUUGCAACACAUUUGACAUGCAAAUAGACCAACCAAAGUCCAGUGCUGGUGAUAAAGACAAGGAUGUGAUGCCUUUGUCAAUUGUCGAAUCACAAAUUGAUCGACUGAAGAAAGUUCAAUUUUCAGUUGGACAAACUGUCAUAUCGCAAGGGGCCGCCGAUGGAAUGGCCACUGAACUGUGGGAAUUAUCAUCUCAUGUCAGUUCACUUGCAUUGACAGAAUCGGAAUGGAAUCACAGUCACAUAGAGGCAUCAACUGUUGUCAAUCGCGAAUCAAAGCAGCAGAAUUUACCAAAUAUGGAGGUUGAUGUUACUUCGAGAUCCGAUAUCGGAAUCCCUUCUUCGCUAACGAAGAGAGCAGCCCUAGCUCAGGAUCAGCUGCAGCAGUUCAGAACCUUUCUGAACCAGCCUGCUAUGACUCAAUCUUCAGGUAUAGGAACUUCUUGUGUUACUACAACAUCAGUGCAUUCUACUUCUGCUCCCAUGCUAAACUCCACAACCUACACCUGUCGCUCUCAACGAGAUGAGGUACCUCAGCUGGCUGUAGAACCUGUUGGCGAUUUAAAAUCGAAUCCUCAAUCUGUAACUCAGGGACAUCAGCAGCAAUCACGAGAGCCUUCACUCAAAGAAACCGGUGCAGUGGUAGGUGGACAGGUAGGCACAGCAGAUGAAGGUUCUAUGCCUUGUAUUGAUGCUCCAAUGGAGGAUGAAAAAUUUAACUCAUCCAAAGAAGAGGCAGGCAAGAUGGAUAAGGAAUUAGACAUUAAGAAGGAGCCUCCUUCCAACAUCAAUCAAUCAAUCCAAGGAAAAAAUUCUGGUGCUGAUGAUGGUAGUAUUCUCCCACAGUCAGCAUCGUGCAGAGAAUCAUCUUUGGAUGCAAAAAUGGAACCUUCAAAAUCAGGAAAGCAGGAGAAGGCUGGAAGCAGCAGAGGAGCAGCUGGGUCCCGCAAAAGAAACUACGAUUCUGACUGUUUCUUUAAAGUUAAUGGGAAGCUCUAUCAGAGGCUUGGCAAGAUAGGUAGUGGAGGAAGUAGUGAGGUUCAUAAGGUCAUAUCUUCAGAUUGUACAAUUUAUGCUCUGAAGAAAAUUAAGCUUAAAGGUCGGGAUUAUGCCACUGCUUAUGGAUUUUCUCAAGAAAUAGAGUAUUUAAACAGACUGAAAGGAAAAGACAAUAUCAUACAGCUCAUUGACUAUGAGGUGACAGAUAAAACUUUGCUUCAAGAAGUCAUGACUGGCUCCAUGAAUAAUAAAGAUGGGAGAGUCAAGGACGACGGCUAUAUAUACAUGGUCCUCGAGCAUGGUGAGAUAGAUUUGGCUCGCAUGUUGUCUCAAAAAUGGAAGGAGCUGGAUCAUUCAGAUAAAACCAUGGAUGAAAACUGGCUUCGAUUUUAUUGGCAGCAAAUUCUACAAGCUGUCAACACCAUCCAUGAGGAACGUAUUGUGCAUUCCGACUUGAAGCCAGCAAACUUUCUUCUUGUGAGGGGUUCACUUAAGCUAAUUGAUUUCGGUAUUGCGAAAGCAAUAAGUAGCGACACUACCAAUAUCCAAAGGGAUUCUCAGGUAGGGACAUUAAGCUACAUGUCGCCCGAGGCAUUCAUGUGCAAUGAGAGCGACGCGAAUGGGAAUGUCAUAAAGUGUGGGCGCCCUUCUGACAUAUGGUCACUUGGGUGCAUACUGUACCAGAUGGUAUACGGGAGGACCCCAUUCUCGGAGUACAAGACUUUCUGGUCCAAGUUCAAGGUCAUAACAGACCCGAAUCAUGAGAUCAUUUAUGAGCCUGUUUCCAACCCGUGGCUGCUCGACCUCAUGAAGAAGUGCCUUGCAUGGGACCGAAACCAGCGCUGGAGGAUCCCACAGCUCUUAGAGCAUCCCUUCCUGGUCCCACCAGUCCCUUCACACAUAUCUCCAUCCCGGGAACAAGGCUGUGAGAUGGUCCGAAUCAUCACUGAAGCUUGUCAGGAGGACCGACAAGCGUCGGUUCUUUGCAGUCAGUUGAGGCAGCUGCUUGAAGAACCGUUGUCUGUCCUGAAGUCUCAGUCAUUAAUUACUUCCCGAGAGCAACAGUUUAUGUUGCUCUCUCAUGUGUCGAAGCUUUGCCUUCAGAUUCGGCAACAUUUAGUGAAAUCGGAACAAAGUUAGGACUAGAGUGAGUGGUGUGUAAUCUACCCUUUUUGGAGGGGCUUUACAUUAGGCUUUGGGAGUUGAUUGUGUUAUUGUAUGAUAUGGGAGCUGAACUCUACUCCCCCAUGUUUGUUCAUUUGCCAUUACCUUGUAUAAGUAUAUAUUAUCAUUUUUUUUUCACGA